CUCCCGCCCGCGCCGCCGGGGCCCCGCGAGGCCGCCGCUCCACCCGGGUUUUUGGGGGGUGAGGGGGGGUACAGGACCCUCCCCUCCCACCAGCGAGCCCGGGACCACCACCCACCCCCCCCCCCAUCCCCCCGGAGCUGGCGGGGGGCGGCAGGGGCUGCCCGACCGCCUGGGACCCCCCCCGGGGGGGGUGCGGGGCUGACCCCCCCCAUCCCGGAGCCCCGGGCCCACCCGGCCGCGACACCCCCCGGGGUCAGCGCCCGGGGCCGAUGGGCACCGACCCCGCGCCCCCCCCGCGAUGGAGGUGAGGGGCCACAUCAUCCCCCCCGGCACCUACAGCCCCGCAGGGGCGGCCGCGGGGCGGCUGCAGGAGCUGCGGGAGCGGCAGCGGGGGCUGCGCCAGGCGCUGGGGCUGCGCCUGCGGGAGCUGCGGCGCCUCUGCCUGCAGGAGGCCGAGCUGACGGGGAAGUUGCCCCCCGAGUACCCCCUGGAGCCCGGAGAGAGACCCCAACCCCCCCCUCGGCGCCGGUCGGGGGUGCCCCCCCGGGGACCCCUCCCUGAGUGGCUCUCGCACCCCUCCGGUGGUUCCCGUCCCCCCGGGUGUCCCGUGGUGACCCCCACGCCCUGUGGGUCCCCCCAUGCCCUGGCGGGGCGGGCGCGGCGCGAGGCGGCGGCGCAGGUGCAGGUGCAGGCGCAGGUGGUGGAGGCAGCGCGGCGCAUGGCGGCCGUGCCAGGGCUGCCCCCCGAGCAGCGCCGGCGCCGGCAGCGGCUCCAGGCUGAGGCUGCCCAGCGGCUCCAGCAGCUCCGUGCCCAGCUCGGACCCCCGGGGCAGGAUGAGAACGGGUCCCUCUGCGACCUGCCCGUGCUGGAGAACGGGGCCCUGCCCCCCCUGAAGCCCCCCCAGAGUGGAGGCGGCCGCCCCUCUCCCCCCCGGGGGGGGUCCAGCAGCCCCGACCGCCGCCCGCCCUGGACCCCCGACGUGCCCCUGGGGGGCCCGGGUCGCCGCAGCUCCCUCGCCAGCCCUGCCAGCCCGGCGCGGACCCUUCCCCGCAGCGCCUCCAGUUUCGAGGGUCGCAGCGUCCCGGCCACGCCCGUCCUGGCCCGCAGCCCCUGCGCCCGAGGGCACCCCCUCGGCCGCCCCAACCCCGAGGCGCCGGGGUUGCCCCCCCGGCCCUGGUCCGGCAGCCAGGACUCGCAGCUGGGGGGGCCCCCCGCCCCCGGCCCCCCCCUCCCGACGGCCCCCCGGACCCGCCGCAGCAACAGCUCGGAGGCCUUGAUCGACUGGGGGGGCCCCCCCGCCGCCGCCGCCGAGAGCACCCCCGAGGCGUCGCGGGGCCGGGGCGGCUGCCCCCCCAACGCGCACCCCCCCCCGCCCCCCCCCCUCCUCGGCCGAGCAGCAGCGCCGCAGCCAGAAGUGGUUGGCGCUGGAGGGGCUGCGGGACUGGUACCUGCGGCACACGGGGACCCCCCCGGCGGGCCCCCACCCCCCGGCCGGACCCCCCCGCCUGCUGCCCCCCGGGCCCGCCUGGGCCCCCCCCCGACGCCGAGACCCCCCCGGCCUGCCCCACUCGCUCAGCUACGCCGGGGCCCUGGCGCCCAGGGCCUCAGGGGACACCCCUGGGGCCACCCCCCCUCCCCCCGUGGACCCACAGCCCCCCGGCACCCUGGUGUGACCCCCCAAACCCGCGGGGUCGCACCCCCUGACUCACUCCAACCCUCCCCCGGUUAUGGGGAGGGGUCCCCCCAGGUUUGGGUGGGGUGCCCCUAAUUUGGGGGGGGGGGGGCCAAACCUGGGUGUCCCCCCCCUCGGCUGCUCCUGGAGAGUGGCUGGUUUGGGGGGGGGGUCACACGCCCUCCUCGGGAGUGGGGGGGUCCAGCGGGGUGGGG